AUGCUCUCACGUGUUGCUGCUGUGAAGGCACCCCGCACACACAACCGUCGCCGCGUGACCGGAUCCAGCGGAAGGAGGAGGGAAGGAGGAGAGGGUGAGCCGCAGAGGCCCAACAUGUCCCGGAAUCUCUUCUGCUCUGCGGUGCUGCUCCUUCUCCUUCUUGUGAUGAUGUGCUGCAACACUGGAGUUGCUGCGCAAGCUCCGGGGCAGCCAUCUCAAACAAAGUAUGAAUGGAAGGACGUCAAGGAUGAGGAGGGUGUUACUGUGGAAUCGUUGAGUGUUCCGGGCCUUUUGAAAGUGGGGAGUGACGUAUUUGCCGUUGCCGAGGCGCAGUGCAAAAAGGAAAGCGUCAUUUUUACUGGCGUUUUUUCCGAACUUCUUACGGAAACGGAGGAUGUUGAACAGAAGGAAGUUAUGCAGGAUGCCGAAGAUAAGACACAAUUUUUGGAGAAAGUAGGUUCUGAGGAGAAGAAAGUGGAUGUGAGCCGACCAACAACAGUUGUGAAGGAAAAUGAUAUUUACAUGCUUGUUGGGACUUACAGCUCGAACCCUGCUGAUGGUUGUCAGGAUGGGGCUGACGUGGCUACUUUGAAACUUCUGCUGGUAAAGGGGCAAUUCAGUGAUAAAGAAAAAAAAUUUGACUGGAACGAUGCUGACGGUAUCCCGUGCACUUUUUUAAACCAAGAACACAAAUCCUGGACACGGCUGACUGGCGGCGGUGGAUCGGGUGUUCUUACGGAUGACGGUACGCUUGUGUUUCCAGUGGAAGGCACGAAGAAGGAGGGUGAAGCACAAAAGAAUGUGAAAACCGUUUCGCUGAUUAUACACGACUUGAAGGAUGCUAAGAGUUGGAAGCUGUCGAAGGGGAUGUCUGACGGUGGCUGCAGUGAUCCCUCCGUAGUGGAGCGGAAGGACAAAAAACUCAUGAUGAUGACUGCGUGUGAUGGCCGCCGCAGGGUGUACGAGUCCGGUGACAAGGGGGAUUCAUGGACGGAGGCACUCGGGACACUCUCGCGCGUGUGGGGCAACAACCAAAAGGGUGAAGAAGUGAAGGGCGUUAGAAGCGGGUUCAUCACAGCGACGAUUGACGGUGUUGAAGAUAACAGAAAUGUGAUGCUCGUUACUCUGCCGGUGUAUCCCGAGGAGGACAGUAAAAAGGAAACGGGCAAUGGAAAGGGAAAACUCCAUCUUUGGCUGACGGACAAUACGCACAUUGUUGAUAUUGGGCCGGUAUCCGAUGAUGACGCUGCCGCCAGCUCCCUGUUGUACAAAAGUGCUGAAAGUGAAACUAAUAAGGAGGAGUUGAUUGCACUGUACGAGAAGAAGAGUAAUGAAGGGAAACCAUCACACAGUCUUUGGUCUGUGCCUCUGACUGCGCAGCUGCAGCGGGUGAAGCAGGUGCUGGCGACGUGGAAGAAAGCGGACCAAACUGUCUCCAAGCUGUGCCCUUCUGAGAGUGCCUCACCUGACGCUGCCUGCAGCCCUACUUUUAAGAUCACGGAUGGGCUGGUUGGAUUUUUGUCCGGCAACUUCUCUGAGAACACAUGGAGGGACGAGUACCUCGGGGUGAACGCCACAGUGAAGAAUAAAGAUGAGGCGGAGCAGGUGGAUAGUGGCGUGAAGUUUACAAGGCGUGGCGCAGGGGCAGAGUGGCCCGUUGGCAAGCAAGGGGAGAAUCAGCUGUACCACUUUGCGAACUACAACUUCACUCUUGUGGCGACGGUGUCCAUCGACAAGGUGCCGGAGGGAGAUACCUCCAUUCCUUUGAUGGGUGUAAAGGUGAAUGACAACAAGAAUCCUGUACUUCUGGGACUGUCGUACAACAAAGAAAAGAAGUGGGAGUUUUCUUGCGGUGGCGGAAACCCUAAGGGGCACAACAGCAUAUCGAAGGAGACAACACACCACGUGGUGCUUGUGCUACGGAACGGCACCCAGGGCUCCGCGUACGUUGAUGGUCAGCGUGUAUUGGGAGAUGAAGCGUGUGAUUUGAUAAAUACGAAAGAUAAAAAGAUCUCCCACUUCUACAUUGGAGGGGAUGAAGGUGCAAAAAGCGACUCAGGGAGCGAAGACGUCUCUGUGACUGUGACGAACGUCCUGCUGUACAACCGCCCGUUGAGCUCUGAAGAGGUUGGCGCCCUCAACCCGAAUAAAGCUUCUAUUCCACCUGUGGUGCCUGAAAAUGGCCAAGGAACCCCGUCGCAGUCCUCUUCUGACGGGCAAUCGCCGUUGAGGCCUAAAUUGUUGAAUGGAAAUGAGGGUGCGGUUGGUGGCAGCACGUCCACAUCAACACCGUCCACUUUAACGAAUUCAGGAGAAGAGUCAGUAAAGCAGUUGGCGUUGCGCGCUUCUCCCGGUGGAAGUAAACAUGUGGGUGUCGCUUCUCCAUCCGAUGGUGAUCCAACGGUGGGAGCAGAAGCUGGAGGUGCGAUGCAGGGAGACACACCACCCCAAACUCCUGUGGAUACCCCCGACACAGCAGGUGCAAACGCUCCUACCGCCACGGACGUGGCUCAAGUUGGCCCCACAGCUACAACUGGGGUGGGUGCGAGCUCUGGUGCGAAUGUGGAGACGGCGGAAGGGAGGGAUGGGCAGGAAGAGCUCCAUGCACGGGACGGCGAAGUAAAGGGUGCGGCACUCAGCAGCAGUCUCGGAAAUUUGUCGCAGGGGAAUAACAGCGAUGCCGGCACCAUGUGUGGGAGCGGAAUGCUGCUGCCGCUGCUUCUUCUGUUGGGACUGUGGGUGUUUGCGGCUCUGUGA